AUGUCUGACACCGGAGUCAAGAAAGCUGAAGAGGGUUGUUGUCUAGCCGGACAUGGAUCCAUAUUGGGACAGGGCGGGUCUGAAUCGAAAUCUGACAAUGUGAUCAGCACCACCGAGGCAGAGAGUAUCGAUGAUUCGGCCGUCGAUUGGGAAGGACUCAAGCCCGAAUCCAAAGACGCUCGAUGGGCUGGGAGAGCAGCACUCCGUCCCUCUCGGAAUCGGUCAAUUGCUUCAAUUCUCAGCCCGCCCGAAACUCCUCAGUGGCUAGUCAGCAAUGACAGUAUUGAACUAGGAGAAACCAAGUUCUACACCCUUUCGGAAUCAGUGGCCCGCCGCUAUGACACUUUUACAGGACAGCUUGAUGAAUUGAACAGAACAGAAAGCCCCAGGACCCUCACCACUUAUCUGUCAGUCCCGCGGUUGUGGCACAAUACUUCCGAGGUCGAUUUGGACCAAAUGAUUGGUGAGGCCAUGGACGAGGGCCGAUGGAGACGCAAUCAGACCCCAAGGCCACGGACUGUCCUCGCGCCAGUGUCACCAAACAUAGCAGAAGCAUCCACACCAGACCGAUAUCUGGCUUCACCUUUCUGCUGGCCUGACUCGGAGACAAUUUGGAGGCUCGGACGCCUUGACAGGGAAGAGAACUGGCGAGUGAAGCGGGAUCUAGAAACGCUCAAGCGGGCCGAUGAGAUGAGUGGGUACAGACGAACCCUUGCUGCGAGCUGGGCGUUGGCCUCGGUGGUGGCAUGGGAACCUGAAGGCCCUGUUCGGUUGGGAAUCCAGAUGAGUAACCCCGAGAGCGAGCAUGAACAGUCUGCGGAGCCGAGCUGUAUCGCGGUUUAG